CCUUGGCUGGUCAACUGAAUGGAACAUUUCACAUUUUGUAUGCGGGAUGACAAGCAGGCUGAAUGAGGGAGAGGGAGCUGCUAUUUUUAUUGACCAGUUGAGUGCAGCCCUCCAACCUGACAAGGAUUAAAUACACUUAGCUCUUUCCAUUCUUCCCGAGUCUCCCUUUUGUCAUCCACUCGUGUGCUUCAUCUACAGUCAGUGGGAAGGUUUCGCUCCACCAUCAAAAUGCCUGAUCAUCCUUCAGAGAGAAAAUCGAAGAUCACAGCUUCCCGCAAGCUCAUGCUUAAGAGCUUGAUGCUCGCUAACGCACAAGAACAACUAGCUCAAGAAACAGAGGAAAAGGAAGAAGAGAAGCAAAGGGUUCUGGAAGAGCGCAUGACCCCGUUGAGAAUAACUGGCCUCUCCUUCAGCCAGCUCCAGGAACUGUGCCGGGAACUUCAUGAGAAAAUCGACAUUGUGGACGAGGAGAGAUAUGAUAUUGAAGCCAAAGUGACACACAAUAAGAGGGAGAUCCAGGAUCUGAACCUGAAAGUGUUUGAUCUCAGAGGGAAGUUUAAAAGACCCAAUCUGCGUCGAGUGCGUGUCUCUGCUGAUGCCAUGCUCCGAGCUCUGCUGGGAUCGAAACACAAAGUAUCCAUGGAUCUCAGAGCCAACCUGAAGUCUGUCAAAAAGGAGGACUCGGAAAAGGAACGUCCGGUUGGAGUUGGUGACUGGCGUAAAAACGUGGAGGCAAUGUCUGGAAUGGAAGGCAGAAAGAAAAUGUUUGAUGCUGCCAAAACAGGUUCUGCUCAAUGAUUUUGUACCAGAUUACCUCGAGACGCCCCUACUUUCUUCAUCCUUACACGCUUGCGUUUCUGCUUUUGAGGAUGAUAAGAAUUGACAGAAACUCGAUUCACAAAGAACAGAAGCCAGUGACGGAUAUUGAUCUCAACCUGAACACGUCGCUGAAAUCUACAAUCUCCAUUUAAGAUCACUUAAAGCAAAGCCAAACCCAUUUAAGCGUUUUACAGGCCUGUGGAUGAUGACGUGAAUAUCCAGGCUCACACUUCGAAUCGGUCGAUCCGUUUAACUGGCUGACAUUUGAUAAAGGCAAUAAGCUCUCUGCGUUGAUCUGCUGAUGUUUUUUUUUUGUAGCAGCGUGUGAAAUAAAUCAGUAAAUAGCAAUGGGAAGUUCUUGGGAA